CGGACCGGCGACAGGGAUGGAAACCUGAGAAGAAUUUGAGGUUUCUUCUGCAGAAGGUUUUGAAGCAAAGUGAUGUGGGCAAUCUGGGCAGAAUCGUCCUCCCAAAGAAGGAAGCAGAAACCCACCUCCCAGAAUUGGAUGCGAGAGAUGGCAUCUCUAUUGCCAUGGAAGACAUUGGAACUUCUCGAGUUUGGAAUAUGCGAUACAGGUAUUGGCCAAACAACAAAAGCAGAAUGUAUCUCCUUGAAAACACAGGGGACUUUGUGAGAGCCAAUGGACUUCAAGAAGGAGACUUCAUUGUCAUCUACUCAGACGUCAAGUGUGGGAAAUAUAUGAUACGAGGAGUGAAGGUUCGGCAACCAGUGCCGAAACCCGAGAGCAAAAGGCCAGCAAAAUCGCAGAAAAGCGUCCAGCCGACUGCCACCGCGAAUGCCAAUGGCUCGUCCCGCCAUCCCGAGGAGGAGGAAACGAAGAACUAGGAGAGAGAAAACCCAUCUCUCUCUCUCUCUAAAGAGAAUAAGAGGUGAAUUGGAACAGAUGGAGGGUGGGAUCUAGUUAAUCUGGGAUGGUAGGGUUUUUAAUUCCAUCAGCUGCUUUGUUUUUUCUGGUAAUGUUAAGAUUUUUCAGAGGACGGGCAUUGGGCAUGCAGUGCAUGAAGGAAGAGGCAUAAAAAGGAAGAACACGUAUAUAUACUUAUAUAGUAUGAAUAAUAAUAUAAAUAUAACUAUAUAAUAAAAAUAAAAAAUAAUAAUAAUAAUAAUAUAUGAUGUGAAAUAUGGAAGGAAGAGAGGUUUUUGCGUUGGGGAGUAAUGAAUUUAAUGAGCGUUAUGGGAAACGCUUUUUGCUCUCUUUAUAUGCUCAGCUCAGCAAAUUACAGAUCAGAAGAUAUGAGUGGUGAGGGACUAUUACUUGGGAUAUGUAUUUUGGUGUUGGUUUUUUUUUUCCCACUACUUUAGUACUGUUUAUGUUGUUAAUUAAGCUCCUUAAUUUCCACUUUGUAUCAUAAGCAAUAUUAUUAUUAUUAUUAUUAUGUUGCCUUUCUA